AUGAUGCCCAAUCCACACGUUUACGGCCACCACCAAUACCCCCAGGCCGAUUCGGCCUGGAUGCACCAGCAGACGUCGCACCAACACCACGCUCAGGCUGCCGCCGCCGCCGCCAAUGUCGCCCAGCAGCAGCACUACAACCGCAUCGCCAGCGCCCACAACUCCGCUGGCGUCCUGGCUCAGGCCCAUGCCCAGGAGAGCACCCUCGAGUCGUCUGUCUCCGAAGACAACCGUCGGACGCUGCAGUACAUUGCCGACCUGCUGAACGAGAACACGCGCGAGGGCGCGCUCUUGGAGCUUAGCAAGAAACGAGAGCAGGUUCCCGAGCUGGCCUUGAUUCUGUGGCACUCAUUCGCGCACAUCCCUCUGUAUCUAUACCCCUUUCUCAACACGACAUCCAAGUCGCGCCCAUUCGAAUAUCUCCGAUUGACCUCGCUCGGCGUGAUUGGCGCGCUGGUUAAGAACGACUCGUCUGAGGUCAUCAACUUCCUCUUGACCACCGAGAUUAUCCCGCUAUGCCUCCGGAUCAUGGAGACGGGCUCCGAGCUCAGCAAGACGGUGGCCAUCUUCAUCGUCCAGAAGAUCCUGCUCGACGACAACGGCCUUAACUACAUUUGCGCCACCUAUGAGCGGUUCUAUGCCGUGGGUACGGUCCUCAGCAACAUGGUUGCUCAGUUGGUAGAGCAGCAGACUGCCAGGCUGUUGAAGCAUGUGCUCCCCAAAUCCUACCGCUACGCGGCCAGUUCCGCUCGGCUAUGGCCCACAACAACUGAGAUCCCAUGUCCGAAUAAUGCACAGAGAUUGGGAGGCAUCGUCGCUUUUCUUUCCUACACCAAGGCCGGCGGGACGAAGGACGGGUCAAACAGAAAGACGGUCUUCUGGCCAGGUCUUGCCGUGGCACACUUCGUUGCUGCCCCUACUUACCUCGCCGUUGAAAUUCUGGUGGCACUCUCUUGGGCACGCUCGCUCCGUUGGGGAACCUGCUGCUAA